GCGCCGGGUCUGUGAGAGGGUUUGGCCGUCUUCGCUCGUGUCCGCUCCGCCCGCUCCUCUUGUGGAUAACUUGCUGCUCGCCGACCGCACCAUGACUCUGGAAGAAGUCCGCGGCCAGGACACGGUUCCGGAAAGCACGGCCAGGAUGCAGGGCGCCGGGAAAGCGCUGCACGAGCUGCUGCUGUCGGCGCAGCGCCAGGGCUGCCUCACCGCCGGCGUCUACGAGUCCGCCAAAGUCCUGAACGUGGACCCCGACAACGUGACCUUCUGCGUCCUGGCCGCCGACGAGGAGGACGAGGGCGACAUCGCGCUGCAGAUCCACUUCACGCUGAUCCAGGCGUUCUGCUGCGAGAACCACAUCGACAUCGUGCGCGUGGGCGACGUGCAGCGGCUGGCUGCGAUCGUGGGCGCCGGCGACGAGGCUGGCGCGCCGGGAGACCUGCAUUGCAUCCUCAUCUCGAACCCCAAUGAGGACGCGUGGAAGGACCCCGCCUUGGAGAAGCUCAGCCUGUUCUGCGAGGAGAGCCGCAGCGUCAACGACUGGGUGCCCAGUAUCACCCUCCCCGAGUGACACCCCUGUGUGGGUCCUUGGUCUGAUCGACGUGGUGACGCCCCGGGGCGCCUAGCGCGCGGCUGGCUCUGUGGAUACGCCCUCCGAGGGCGCCGGAGUGCGGAGUUGGAGACUGGCAGGCGGGGGGCGCGUGGAGAGCGGCGAGGAGGUGCGGCUCCCUCCCGAGGAGGGGGCCCGGCGGCGGCAGGGGCAGGCUGGCCCCGAGCCCGGGACUCUACAAGUGUGGGGAGCGGCUGCUCGCCCAGAAGGGCCGGAGGCGGGACGUUGGCCGCAGGACCGGGAAGGACAGACUGGCCCGGCGGGCGUGACUCAGCAGCCUGCGUGCGCUCCCGGCAGGAAGGAGGAGAAAGGCGAGCCGGGCGGCCUGGACUUGCACGGUUACGGGAGCGCUGGCGGACUGAGCAGUCUGCACUGCUGUUUCUAAAUGGAUCCGGGCGGUGCUUUCUUUUUUAAAGGAUUAUGCUGCGGCAGCACUGAAUUUUACAAUAAACUUAGUGAAACAAACUUACUCUCUUUCUUGAGGGUAGGGGACCCUUGUUUGAGGGGGAGGUGGUUAGCAGGGUUGCAGAUGGUUGCUGGAACUCACCGAACUCCAGGGCACCUGUCCAUCUUCCUGUCGGGGCUGAGUUACAGGCUCCUGGAGCGCUGCGGGUGGGGGAGGGGACGCUGGCUGGGUUAGGGCAGAACUUGAGCUCUGCUCCUGUGUCUCUCCUUUUAGAAAGAUUUUUAAACUUGCAAGGCAGGAGCAUACUUGAGAUAAGACAUCAGUGUAGCAGCUAAAGGCUGGCCAGCCAGCCUGAUAACAGCGGCCUCUCCCUCCCUUCCCCCUCCUCUCCCCGUGGCCCCCUCCCUUCGGACAGCUGCUUAUCGGAACAGCUUGCAGGAUGCAGGCAGCGCCUUCCUGCACAAUGAGCAUUGCCUUCUGCAGGGCUGCCCUUUGUGGUCCCUGAGGAUGGUGGCAGGCUGCUCGCAGGAACCUUUUCCUCUUAAAGGAGUGGCGCUUACAGCAAUGUCACUAAGGUAUUAAUAUCACCUAGGACAUGAUGACUGCAUUUAAGUAUGAGUCAUCAUUUUGUCAUGGCUGUGAUAAAACCUAAAAGAUCGGAGCAAAAAUGGGAAGGCAGCAUCUACACAAAUAGGCAUGAACAAUUCUGAAUGGGGCCAGCGCCUGCUCUCUCUAUUCUGAGUGUUCUCUGCCCACAUCAGAGUUGGGAGGAUGGCUGCUAUUCACAAUGCCAUUUAAAGACUUCGAGAAGAAAAAUAAUUUAAACCUUUUUGGCGAAGAGUUUCUUUAAGAAGGAUCUAGCGGAAAUGUCUGAAGUGAAUCUGUCUUUUUUAGUAGAUUAAUAUGUCUUGAUUGCACCCUGCUGCCUGACUGUAGCUGCCUUCAGCAGAGAAUGCCCAUGGGGCUGGCCUGCUGUUAGCAAGCGCUGGGAGGUCCACAGAGCCUUCUGGGCAGAGGGUGGGUGGUGUGCUGUUUUUCGAAAGAAAAUCCUACUGGUUAUCAGCAGUCCCAGGUGGUUGAUUCGCUUUGUUGGGUGCCACUUUUUGAAUUCUCUCCAAAUUGUGGAAACAUUCGCAGGAAAACUGGACUGUGCGAGCUUCAUUAUUCUUCCCUGAAUGAAAGCAUCGUGUUUCACAUUUAUCAGCUCUUAAAAACAUUUUCCCCUUGAUUAGACAGAGGCCCAGUGAAAUAAUUCAGCUGUGUUUGUGCCCACAUUUCAUUACUAUUUUACCUAUUUGCUGCUCAAAACCUUGAGUUUCCUUGUCAAAGUGGAGUCUGGGGGCGUGGGUCUCUACCCUAGUCUGCGUUCUGGCAUAAUGACCAUUAUGCCCCAGCGCGUGAUAGAAAGCACAAAUGAGGUGUAAUUACUUUAAAGUGUAUCCUUCAAUGAAUAAAUUUAGCAGAACAUUGCACAGAGCAGGCGUGCAGACCCUCCUGCAGGCUGGCCGACCCCUGUAGAACAUUCAGUUGGCAGCCCUUAAGAAACUGGCUUUCUCAGAUUAGAACUUAUAGCAAGGCACCUGUUGGAGCCCUGGGGGCCAGAAGAAUUUGCAGGGGGAAAAAAAAUGCAUGCUUGGACACAGGGCCAGCCCCAAAGGUUGUGCUUAAUAUUUUUUUUCUGGAUGAAUGGGCAUUUAAUGCUAUUAAAAUGAAAUACCCAGAGGACAGGUAAUAAAAUGCACGGUGCUUAUAAACAUAUUACUGCAUUCAUCCUGCCCACAACCGUAAGUGGUAACUCGUAGAUAAGCUAAUUAUCAGGGGCAUGUGGAGGUGAUCCGUGGGGGCUGUUGAGCACAAUGCCGUGCAUCUAGAAGGUGCUGAGUGACUGAAUGCCAGUAAUACUUAGAAGUAAAUGACGGCAUAGAACUUGAGUGGACUGGUGGAUUUUGGACAAGGCCGUCUGGUUCCAGGGCCCAGUACUGUCCCUGCUGUGACACACACCCCGGGGCCAGCAUGCUGACGCUGGAAGGAAGGCUGCUGCCAUAAAGGAACUUUGUAAGCAUAUAAAAGUUUCACGUAUUCGUUGAAGAAAAAUUGUGAAAUACAAAAAAUCAAAGAAAAAAGUAAAAGCACCGUGAGGUGGCUUCCUGCAUUUUGGAGUACUUCCUUCUCAGCAUCCCUCUUCCCUUGGAGGUGUGCGUGCUGCGGAAUGUCCCUUGGCACACGCA